AUGGAUAUCCUGGAAAAGUUGAAGGAUUUGGACAAGCCCUUGUUAGCAUCUGAUGAUCAAAAGCUCGACUGGGGUGAUAUCAUCUACAUCAUCACUCCACUUCAUUUUAGGAAACCUUACUUGUUCCCCAAGCUCCCUCUUCCUUUGAGAGAGACAAUGGAUCUUAACUCAUCUAAGUUAAAGAAUCUAUCCAUGGCUAUCCUAGCAAAGAUGGCACAAGCUCUUCAUAUUAAACCUGAGGAAGUGGAGUUCUUUGGUCGACAGGGAAGGCAAUUAAUGAGGGUCAAUGAAGUAGGAGGUCUCCACAUAAGGAAAGAUGGGAAGUGGGUUCCUGUUAAACCCCUACCAAAUGCCUUCAUUGUCAACAUUGCAGACAUUUUAGAGAUUAUAACAAAUGGAAUGUAUCAUAGCAUUGAACAUCGUGCCACAGUUAACUCCAAAAGAGAAAGGCUCUCAUUUGCCACAUUCUGCAGCCCAAGGAUGGAAUCAGUUGAUUCUAGCAGUCAUAAUGCAACAUUUGAUGGGAAAUGCUCCAAGAAACUCAGUAACUUCAAUUUACUGUUAGAUCAGUACACAAAAUCAUCAUCUUUUGAGCAAGAAAUGGACACUCUGAAUUAA